AGCAAAAACGAAAAUCUGAGCGAAAACGUCCGAAAAGUGCUAGCCAAAAAGCACAGGAAAAAACUAAAGGAGGAAAGAGAGCUAUACAAGGCUACCAAAGCGAUUAGCACACAAAAUAAUGCACAGAGAAAAAUAAACGCGCAGAACCAGCUGUCAUCGAGCAGCUUUGUAAAAAAAAUGAAAGACAUCAAUAAAGCAUUCCCUCACAUUAGAACCAAGGAGGACAAAAAUUACAUGAAGGAGAAUCUCAUGAAGAUACAGGAGAAGGUGUGUUUACAAAAGAAGGUCCUGGAGGAGAAGGAAGAAGCAAAGAAUAAAAAGCCAUUCAAAAUGAAGAGGUUUGAAAAUGUGGCUUCUAAGGUGGCUAAAAAUUUGCAGAAAGCUGGAGAGUGUCCUCUGGGCGUAAGCAAGGCAACGCAGCCAAAGCGGGUCGUCACGGAGGGGGAUGAAGCAGAGUAUGAGGGGGAGGAAGCAGAGUAUGAGGGGGAGGAAGCAGAGUAUGAGGGGGAGGAAGUAGAGUACGAGGGGGAAGAAGUAGAGAACGAGGAGGAAGAAGCAGAGUACGAGGAGGAAGAAGCAGAGUACGAGGAGGAAGAAGCAGAGUACGAGGGGGAGGAAGCAGAGUACGAGGAGGAAGAAGCAGAAUACGAGGAGGAAGAAGUAGAAUACGAGGAGGAAGAAGUAGAAUACGAGGAGGAGGAAGCGGAGUACGAGGAAGACGCAGCAGAGUACGAGGAGGAAGAAGCGCAGCAUCUGGGGGCGUCCCGCAAAUGCCAAAAUGAGAAGCGCGAAGAUGCAGCCGCAGAAACAGACCCCGUAAACGAACCUGCUAAACGUGAAAGCAGCAUCAUAGGGAAGCUCUCAAAACGGGGGAGCGAAUUACGGAGUAGCGACAAGGAGAAGCGGAACAAUCUACACAAGAACUUUGGCAAGCUACCCACCUAUAUGUUGAAGAAAAAAAAGGACAUUGUGGACGAGACCACGGAUGUGCCCCAAGGGUACAGAGUCCUGAAGCACGACGAACGGAACUAUGUCCUAAAGGAGCUACAUUCACAACUAACGGAGGCAACAGAGGAAUAUAAGAGAAACAAAGACAAAUCCAAGAAAAUCGAAUUGGGGAAAAAACUCAAAGAGAUAAAGGAAUCCAUAGAGCUCUUUAGCAAGCCGCAUGUUCUCGUGAACGAAAAUUUUUAG